CUUGCCCCGCAGUAAGAUGGCGGCGGAGAGGGGCCGGCAGUGAGAGGGGGUCAGUUGGCCGGAGAGGUCCAGAGCCCAGGGGGAGGGAGACAGACAGACAGACGGUCCGGUCAAGGGGAAGGAGCCUGGAGAAAUAGGUAUAGACUCGGAUUAGUGGAGCCGGAUAGCAGAGUAGCGAGCUGCGAUGGCUGAGAAAGGUGCCAGCGGUGACCCCACCAGCUCCAGCGGGACCAGACCUCCCAUCACCGUGGGCAGGGGUCUGCCAGGACGGCGGACUGCAGCCGCUGUCACGCCGGGCCGCCUGCCCUCCAUCCGAUCGCGGGAUCUAACAUUGGGAGGAAUGAAAAAGAAAACAUUCACUCCAAACAUCAUCAGCAGGAAAGUUAAGGAAGAACCAAAGGAGGUAGAUGCUACACAGAGGAAAGAGAACAAAGAACGAGAAAGAGAUCGGCAGAGAGAUGGUCGCGGGCGAGGACGAGGCAGACCUGAGACCAUCCAGUCCCAUUCCAUCUUCGAGCAGGGGCCCGCUGAAAUGAUGAAGAAGAGAGCUGGUUGGGAUUCCUCUGUGGACAUGAAAGAGUUUGGAACGUCCCCAAUUAUUAACAUCAAGAAGGAAAAGCGAGAGUCGGAGGAAGAAACCAAGCAGAUUCUCCGCAUGCUGGACCGGGACGAUUUUAUCGAUGACCCUGGCCUGAAAAACGAUGCCCGCAACAUGCCCGUGCAGCUUCCUCUGGCCCAAUCAGGCUGGCUGUUCAAGGAGGACAAUGAGGUUGAGGAGGUUGAGGAGCUGACUGCCAGGGAGGAGAAGAUGGAGAUGGAUAUCCCCGCUGUGAAAGUGAAGGAUGAGCCCGGCGGUGAAGAUGUGGCGAAGGGCUCUCCGGCAUCGGGGAAGCCCAGCGUGGUGAGGAAGGCUCCGGCUGCUCCAAAGAACGUUUCGGUAGCUGAACUGCUCCAGGAGCUCAGCGUGCGCAAAGACGACGAGCUGCUGUUCCUCCAGCUCCCCGACACGUUGCCGGGCCAGUCCCCCACCUGUGAAGAGAAGCCAACGAAAGCCGAGGUGCUGAACGAGGACGGGCAGACUGUGCUGCUGAAACAGGAGAAGUCUCAGGAACAGAAACAAGCUGAAAAUACCUGCUCGCUGAUGGAUCUAACGGAGGGUCAGAUUGGGAAGCUGCUGAUCAGGAAGUCAGGGCGAGUACAGCUCGUUCUCGGGCAGGUCACCCUGGAUGUUACCAUGGGAACAACCUGUUCAUUUCUCCAGAACUUCCUUUUUACCUUUCCAUCGUGUCUGUUUAGCAGCAUUUUAGUCACUCAGAUUGGCUUUUCGUUAUAAAUGGAAGGAGGAACAGAAUACAGGACUGGCAGAAUCCACAAAGAAUAUUUCCAAAUUGCAGUAUUACAUAAUUGAAAGUUUACAGAUUCUAAUUUUUAGGAAAAUUCUAUUUUUGCUUAAAGGUCUUGAAAUGCUUUUAUUUUAUUUCAAUGCAAUCAAGUCCUAACUCGAUAUACUGGACGCCUUCCACCCUCCAAAGUGGAAUAAGUAAAUUGAAGUACUUAAGGUUGUACAUUCCUACACAAUGCUGUACCUACUCGACUUAGUUAUAACUAUCCAAAGGCUGAACAGGGUUAUUGCCUACAUUGUCAAUGGGAGAAACAACACACUGGAGCCAAUGUAUUAACAUUGUCAAUGAUUAACAUCUUUAGUUGCUCCCCUGCAGAAACAUUCCUGUACCUGGCAGUAUUUCAAUUGCUAUAUAGUCCAAAAUGUUCUUAGCCCAGAGAGAAGAAUUGGGAACAUAACUACUGCAUACUUUCCAUAAUUUGGAUGCAAAUAUUAAACACCACGAGUCGCUGGAAUCCCAGUGUCACAGGUUAUGCAUCAAUCGGCAGAAUACCUGCAAAACACAGUGAACAUCUAACACUUCCUUCCUUCUGAUACAACCUGCACUACUACCCCACAACUGAUUGCCUCAAGUUUGGCUUUUUUUUUUUUUUAAAUGGAGAUGCUAUACCUAGUAUGAAAAAAAAAA